AUGUCUAAUCAAGUAGCUCAAUUUGUUUCGGGACUGAAGUCUCGAACGGUUGACAUUCAGAUAAAGACUGCACGUGAACUUUAUCAUUAUGCGAAGACGGAAUUACGAGAGGUACCACAAGAGGAACUCACGCAGUUCCUCGAUGAAUUCAAUCAUCAAAUAUUUGAAAUGGUUUCAAGCAAUGACGUCCACGAAAAGAAGGGCGGUGUCCUUGCUAUUGUAUGCCUAAUCGGUGGCGAUUGCGACACAACAAAAACUCGUAUAACGAGAUUUGCCAACUAUCUUCGCAAUCUUCUACCAUCUUCUGAUGUGGGAGUGAUGGAACUAGCUGCUAAAACUGUCGGUCGUCUUGCUACUGUGUCAGGUAUUAAGAGGGCAGAGUAUGUAGAAUUCGAAGUUAAAAGAGCAUUUGAGUGGUUGUCCGAAGAACGCAAUGAAGGAAGACGCCACUCAGCAGUCUUACUUCUUAAAGAACUAGCCAUAGCAAUGCCAACAUAUUUUUAUCAGCAAGUUUCAGGUUUCUUUGAUCACAUUCUAAUAGCACUCAAAGAUCCAAAGCAGCAAAUCCGUGAAGCUGCAGCCAAGGCUCUGAGAGCUGGCUUGGUGGUGACUUCGCAGAGAGAAACAGCAAAGCAAUCAACAGCAAAACUUCAGUGGUACAUGCAGUGCUACGAAGAAGCUAUGUUUUCUUUUGAAGACAUACCAUUAAAAGAAAAGAGCAUGACCAAAGAGGAUAGAGUGCAUGGAGGAUUAUUAAUAUUGAAUGAACUCUUAAGAUGUUCAAAUUCUGUUUGGGAAAAGAAGUACACACAGUUCAUACACAACUUUGACACACAAAAAGACUUGACAGUCUCUGAUGAUAUCAUUUUUAUAAGCGCUAAGUUGCACAGUCCUUCAGUCAAACGUGGAUACUUGUGUGACGGUUUUAAAACUGAGAAUGUUCAAUAUCCUGUGCCUAUCUAUGAAUCAGCAGUAUGUCGUAAACUACUUACUGAAAAGUUUGAGAAGAUUUGUCAAGAUGUUAUGGCUCAACGGGUAUUGAAGAUACAAGGGAUACCACAAAUAUUACUUAUAAUAAUUCCAAGAUUGGCAGCUUUCAAUAAAGAGUUUUUUCUAAAAAAAUAUUUUAGUACAACAAUGCACUACUUGAUCACAUGUCUUCGUAGUAGAGAAAAAGACAAAAAUGUUGCUUUUACAACAAUAGGUUUGAUGGCGGCUGCUCUAGAGAAUGAUAUAAAGAAUUAUAUUCCAAGAAUCAUGGAGGUUAUAAAACAAGCUUUGCCUGUAAGAGAUACACUAACAAAAAAGAGAAUUUGGGUUGAUCCAUCUAUUUUUGCAUGUAUAACUUUACUGGCUGGUACAGUUAAAGAUCUAGUGGUUAAUGAUAUAAAAGAACUCUUGGAUCCAAUGUUUGCUACUGGACUUAGCCCAUCAUUAACCAUAUGCCUCAGAGAGCUCAGUCUAAGCUUACCAAAUCUCAGAAGGGAAAUAUCGGAAGGCUUACUAAAUAUGCUUUCAAUUGUUUUAAGAAACAAACCAUUUUUGCAUCCUGGUGUACCACAUUCUUUAGAACAACAAAUGAGUAACAUGAGUCUUGUGAUAGAAGUACAAGAUUCAGCCAGUGUAGUAUUGGCAUUACGCACAUUGGGCACGUUUCAUUUUGAAGGACAACACAGCUUAUUAAUGUUUGUUAGGCGCUGUGCAGAACACUUCUUGCUAAGUGAUCAACAAGAAAUUAGACUUGAAGCAGUUAAAACAUCAGCAAAAUUAUUGGCUGAUGCUACAAUCAGAACUAUCAACAGCCCAUCUAGAACACUCACAUUGUUAACUGCAGAGGUCAUAGGCAAAUUGUUAAUUGUUGCAGUCACGGAUCCUGACUAUGAAGUACGUUAUUGGGUAUUAGAAUCACUAACUGAUAUAUUUGAUAUUCAUUUGGCACAAGUUGAAAAUCUUACUUUCCUUUUUAUGGCCAUGAAUGAUGAACACCUGUCCAUUCGUGAAUUGGCAAUUUGUACAGUGGGACGUCUUAGUGCUGUGAACCCUGCCUAUGUUAUGCCAGGUCUUAGAAAAGUUUUGAUACAAUUCUUAACCGAAUUAGAACACUCUGGAAUGAGUAGAAAUAAGGAGCAAGCAGCAAGAAUGCUUGACAAUUUAAUACUACAUGCACCGAAACUUGUAAAACCUUACAUGGAAACAAUACUUAAUGUUUUGGUUCCAAAACUGAAAGAAUCCGACUCUAAUCCAGGUGUUGUAAUCAGUGUAUUGAAAGCGAUUGGAGAUUUGGCAGAUGUACAUGGAGACAAUACUGGGCUGAAAAAAUGGCUUCCCGAACUUUUGUCUAUACUGUUGGAAUUAUUAUCAGACGCGAGUGCCACUGAGAAAAGAAGUGUUGCGCUGUGGGCAUUCGGACAACUAAUUAGUGCUACUGGACAUGUAGUAACUCCUUACACCGAAUACCCAAACCUUAUGGAUGUACUGUUAAAUUUCCUGAAAACUGAACAACAACCUAAAGAUAGAAGGGAAACUAUACGCGUUUUGGGUUUACUCGGUGCUUUAGAUCCUUACAAGCACAAAAUGACAAAAGGGAUGAAGGUCGAUUCCACACUUGUCCCUGUCACUGAUAGCAAAUCUGAAGGAAACAAUUUUGAUAUGACUACCAGUGAAAUGCUAGUUAAUAUGUCUUCCCCUGUUUUAGAUGAGUACUAUCCGGCAAUCGUUAUAUCAACACUAAUGCGGAUAUUACGUGAUCCAACCUUACAACAGCAUCACACUAAUGUAGUUCAGGCUGUGACCUUUAUAUUCCAAUCUUUAGGUAUUAAAUGUGUUCCGUACAUAUCUCGCGUGACCCCAAGCCUCUUGUACGUAGCGCGGGCGACUGAUAACAACAACUUCCGCGAAUUCCUUUUCACACAACUAGCGAGGCUAAUCGCCAUCGUGAAACAACACAUACGCAAUUAUUUGGACAAGAUAUUUGAUCUAAUUAAGGAAUUUUGGACGCCAAACAGCUUUCUACAACCGACGUUAAUACUGUUAGUAGAAUACAUAGCCAUAGCUCUCGGCUCGGAAUUUAAGGUGUAUUUACCACAGUUGAUGCCUCAAAUACUGCGCGUACUUGCGCAUGAUACUAGUAAAGAUCGCGUGGUCACUGAAAAGCUUUUAUAUGCUCUACAAAAGUUCGAGGAUAACCUUGACGACUACAUGCAUCUCGUAAUACCGUCUAUCGUUAAAUUGUUUGACGCCUCCGAUUGUCCAAUUCAUGUAGCUAAGGUGGCGAUGGAAACAGUAGACAUAUUAUCAGACUCUCUCAGUUAUAAUGAAUUGGUUUCGAGAAUCAUCCACCCGCUUGUGCGGAGCCUAGAUUCGUGCGCUCCACUAAGACAAACGGCAAUGGACACCUUAUGCGCCUUGAUAGUGCAGCUAGGUAGAAAAUAUACCGAUUUCAUACCUCUAGUACAAAAAGUGGUGGUUAAACAUAAAAUACAGCAUCAAAAUUACGAACUUCUAUUGUCAAGAUUACAGUCUAGUCAAACUUUAGCUAUGCAUGAGUUUCUCCAAAGUACGAGGCGUAGGCCCAGAAAUAACAACCAAGAGGCUCGUAUCAUAGUAUGUGACACAUCACAGUCCAUUCGCAAGUUAUGUGUGAACGCUCAUAGUUUGAAGCUUGCCUGGACUGUAAGCAGUCGUGUGUCUAAAGAUGACUGGUUGGAGUGGCUUCGGCGGUUCAGCAUUGGAUUGCUAACCGAAUCUCAUAGCCCUGCUCUAAGGGCGUGUUUAGAUCUUGCCCACAAUUAUUCUCAACUUUUGCGAGACUUGUUCAACGCGGCCUUCGUAUCCUGUUGGACUGAGUUAGACGACACCUCGCGCACCGAACUGUCGAAUGCGUUAGAACAGGCCUUAACUGCUCCAGACGCGCCGGAGCUGGCGCACACUGUGCUAAAUCUGGCCGAAUUCAUGGAACACUGUGAAGGAGGCGCUUUGCCAAUAUCCACACAACUUUUGGGAGAACGGGCUAUGCACUGUAGAGCAUAUGCCAAAGCUCUUCAUUACAAGGAAGAAGAGUUCCGCAAUGGCGCCACUUCACAAGUUGUAGAAGCUUUGAUUCAUAUUAAUAAUAAAUUGCAACAAAAAGAAGCAGCUGAAGGUCUAUUGGAAAGAGUAAUGGCUCAACGUGAAGCCGGGGACACGAAUCUGAAAGUGCAAAUCAGAUGGUAUGAAAAAUUGCACAAUUGGGAAAAAGCACUUAAUCUGUACAGCGAAAAAUUGUCAGCAGACCCUGACGAUGUGGAUGCAUAUCUCGGUGAACUACGUUGUUACGAAGCUUUAGGAGAGUGGUUAAAAUUAUACAAUACAGUUUCAGAAAGUUGGGUUAAAAUGGGUACUGACGAAAAAUACAAAGCGGCCAGAUUAGCCGCUGCAGCUGCGUGGGGCCUCAAUGAAUGGGAUUCGAUGGCAAAGUAUGUAAAUUUCCUACCCGAGAACACCCAAGACGGUGCUUUCUACAGAGCUGUUCUUAACAUUCACAAUGGUGAAUAUAAAGUAUCAAAACAAUUCAUAGACUUAGCACGAACAUUGCUGGAUUCAGAACUAACUGCAGUGGCUGGAGAAAGCUAUCAAAGAGCUUAUGGAGCUCUGGUAAACGCUCAGUUACUUGCCGAAUUAGAAGAAGUGAUCACAUAUAAAUUGGUAAAUGAAAGAAGGGAAACCAUUCGCCAAGCCUGGUGGACAAGGUUGCAAGGUGGCCAAAGAUUGGUUGAAGACUGGCGUAGAAUCUUACAAGUUCGUAGCUUAGUUCUUACGCCGCAAGAAGAUAUGGCUACUUGGCUUAAGUUCGCAUCGUUGUGUAGGAAGAGUGGUGCUCCACGGCAAGCCCACAAAACUUUGGUGAUGCUACUCGGUACUGAUCCCAGCAAAAAUAGAGAUAUGCCUCUUCCGACGCACGAGCCAAGAUUGACUUUGGCCUACGCCAAGCACUUGUGGGUUGCUGGAGAUAAACAGCUUGCGUACGAUCAGCUUCAGCGUUACAUCAUCGGCACUGAAACUGGAGAUGCUGACCACUGCAGACUAUUGGCGCGAUGCCAUUUGAAAUUGGGAUCGUGGUGUGAAUCUCUACUCGGAAUCAAUGAACAUUCCAUACCGGAAAUAUUGAGAAAUUACGCGGCUGCCACAGAGUUGUCGUCCGAUUGGUACAAAGCCUGGCAUGCGUGGGCCUACAUGAAUUUUGAGACUGUGCUUUUCUACAAACAUCAAGAUACCAAUUCCGGCCGCACCCUUUCUGGUGAGCGAAAAAUGAGCCCCGAAUGCAUUCAACAGCACACGGUUCCCGCCGUAGAAGGCUUCUUUAAAUCAAUCUAUUUGUCACACGGCAGCUCUUUACAAGAUACAUUACGAUUGUUGACUUUGUGGUUUGACUAUGGUCACUAUCCCGCCGUACAUGAAGCGCUCGUAGAGGGUAUUAGAACUAUUGAAAUAAACGUGUGGCUCCAAGUCAUACCGCAGCUCAUCGCCAGAAUCGACACACCUCGACCCCUAGUUGGGAAACUCAUUCACUCAUUACUCAUCGACAUUGGAAAGUCACAUCCGCAAGCUCUUGUGUAUCCAUUGACGGUGGCCUCUAAAUCGUCAUUUGUGGCCCGAAAGAACGCAGCGAAUCACAUAUUGAAGUCUAUGUGUACUCAUUCAAGCAAUUUAGUCAAUCAGGCCGCGAUGAUUUCGGAGGAACUGAUCAGAGUAGCUAUUUUGUGGCACGAACAAUGGUAUGAGGCAUUAGAGGAAGCUUCUAGAUUAUAUUUCAGCGAAAACGACGUUAAUGCUAUGCUGAAAACGCUGGAACCACUGCAUGCUAUGUUGGAGAGGGGACCGGAAACGGUAAAGGAAGCUUCGUUCAGCCACGCUUACAGCCGAGAACUUAACGAGGCACAAGAUUGGUGCAACCGAUAUAAGGAAUCUGGUCAGGUGCGAGAUCUGAACCAAGCGUGGGACCUGUACUACCACGUGUUCCGUCGCAUCAGCCGGCAGCUGCCGCAGCUGACGUCGCUGGAGCUGCAGUACGUGUCGCCGCGGCUGCUGAACUGCCGCGACCUGGAGCUCGCGGUGCCCGGCUCCUACGUGCCCGACCAGGACCUCAUACGCAUCGCGCAUAUACAGAGCAGCCUGCAGGUGAUAAGUUCUAAACAAAGACCACGUCGUCUCUGCAUCCGCGGUUCGAACGGUAAAGACUACAUGUUCCUGCUGAAGGGUCACGAAGACCUCCGUCAAGACGAAAGAGUGAUGCAGUUGUUCGGUCUCGUGAACACGCUGCUGCAGGCCGACCCGGACACUUUCCGGCGUGACCUGGCCAUACAGAGAUACGCGGUCAUCCCGCUCUCCACUAAUUCGGGUCUCAUUGGCUGGGUGCCGCACUGUGACACUCUGCACUUCCUCAUCAAAGAUUACAGGGACAAACGCAAGUGUUUGUUGAACAUCGAACACAGAAUCAUGCAACGGAUGGCCUCAGAUCUCGAUAAAUUGAUGCUAAUGCAAAAGGUGGAAGUUUUUGAGCAUGCUCUAGAGCAUACGGUCGGUGACGAUUUGGCGAAGUUGUUAUGGCUGAAGAGUCCGUCGUCGGAGGUGUGGUUCGAGCGGCGCACCAACUACACGCGCUCGCUCGCCGUCAUGAGCAUGGUGGGCUACAUCCUCGGCCUCGGGGACAGGCACCCGUCCAACAUCAUGCUCGACAGGGUCACCGGAAAAUUUUUGCAUAUUGACUUUGGUGAUUGCUUCGAAGUUGCUGUCACGAGAGAUAAAUUCCCGGAGAAGAUUCCGUUUAGGUUGACUAGGAUGCUCAUUAAUGCCAUGGAGGUGACAGGCAUCGAAGGAACGUACCGCCGAACAUGCGAGUCCGUGAUGGAAGUACUGCACCGACACAAAGACAGCGUGAUGGCCGUGCUCGAGGCCUUCGUGUACGACCCGCUGCUGAACUGGAGGCUCAUCGAGGCGACGCGGCGCUCGCGGGCCGACCCCGACGCGUGCCCCGCGGAGCCCGCCAGCCCGCCGCGCGACCCCCCGCGCGAGCCCCCGCGAGACCUCCCGCGCGACCCGGCGCAACCCGCCGAGGCCAACCUCAACAAGCGCGCCCUCUCCAUCGUGAACCGCGUCCGGGACAAGCUCACGGGCCGCGACUUCCCGCACAUCGACGAGACGGUGUCCGUGCAGAAACAAGUCGACCUGCUCAUCCAGCAGGCGACCAGCAACGAGAACUUAUGUCAGUGCUAUGUCGGCUGGUGUCCGUUUUGGUGA